UUCACGGAAUUGAUCCGGUUUCUCCUUCCACUACGCCCACGACUAAGACUCAACUUCACGUCAGGGCUGAUCCACUAAUCACGGAAGUCUCGCACCAAAAAAUUUGAUGGCCCAUGCACGUCUUACCAUAUUUGCAUGCGGCCAAGAAAAUGCUAAGGAAACACAAUAAAGACUUGUGCCCGAUCACUUCACCGCCGGCACGUUGGACGACCACGGCGUGCGCGUUGCAGCUAUCGCCGAUGUGCUGUUCGUGGCCGCGACGGCUCGCUCCCGUGGCGGCUUCUGGCAUCCAUGGUCGCCGCCCAGAAGCUCACGCCCACCACCUCCAUGUUCCAACGCCGCUGCCAUGGUCAUCGCCACCUCGCCAUGGGCGGUCCUCUCGGUCCGGCCCGGGCUUCGGCGCCGCCGGUCCGGUCCGUGCAAACAGGACCGUGAGGCAGGUCGGUCCGGUCCGGCUCGGUCCGCCGGCGGCCGGUCCAAUGGGUGGCUCGGUCAAGGACCGGACCGGCCCGGACCGUGUCCAGCCUGAUGCACCGCGCCAACGCUACCCCCCUCCGCGCCCACGCUGAAUCUGUCAACGCCACCAUCCACGACGGGGAGGUCAUCGACGUCAUUGACUCCAUGAUGCAGUCCCGCGACAGUGGCCUGGUUGAUGGGAUUCCGAGUGACUUCCCAUUCCAGAUCCUCAAAGAGGAGGGGCUUAAAGACAUCACUCUUACAAGAAGUUUGAAUGGGGAGCAGAUUGAGGUCAUGGUUUCCAUGCUCAAACCAGAUGGGGACGAGGAGGAAUCCUCGGAUUCUAGGUAUACGUCGGAUGAAGACGAAGGGGACAAUAGCAUACCUCUCAGGGUCACGGUUUCCAAGGCCGAUGGAUCAAACCUUAAAUUCACCUGCACUGCCUAUCCUGACAAUGACAACAUCUUCAUCGAUACCUUGUCCGUGAGACACCCACCAUCACGGGCCAAAGAACAUGAGGAAGAUGAUCCUGAUUUCAGUGAGCUGGAUGAGAGCCUGCAGGAGGCACGCGGUGAGCUGGAUGAGAUCCUGCAGGAGGCACGCAGUGAGCUGGAUGACAACCUACAGGAGGUAUUCCGCAAGUAUCUGGAGCUGCGUGGGGUCACUCCCACGAACAUCAAGUUGUUGCACCAGUACUUGAUCAGCAAGGACAUACUCUGCAAUCAACUCUGGCUGACCAAGCUGCGGGAUUUCGUCAAGAAAGAUUGACAGCGUCCAUUAUCCAGUCUCUCUCUGCAUAAGAUUAGCGACAAUAAAUUUUUCUUUGCACACCAUCCUGUUCUGUUUGAGAGCUCUGGAUCUCAUCCUCUAGAGUCUUAAACAAGUACUACUUGCGUACAUGCCUGUUAAGAUACUUUUGUGCAACUAUUUAUCUGGCAAAACCUAAAGUUGAAACCAUUUCGGGGUGCUUUAUUCACUAUGGCAUGUGAUUUGCUUCUGCUAUGUAAGAUCUUCGGUUGUGGCCGUUUAAAGCAUGUAACACUAGUUUUGUGGGCAGGCUGAUGCGAGAGGAGAGAAUUAUGCAGUGGGUCGGUGGACUGGAAUUACCAAACUUGCGAUAAUCUAACACUCCGAUGCUGGGGUGUGGGGGAGGGGGUUCCAU